GCCUCGCCGGCUUUCUUCUCCCCGCUGAGCCGGGCCCUCCGCGAGGUCCGGACGGAGCGCUCCGCCCGCGGCUGCCCGUGCUUAGGGGGCAGCCCCGUCUAUUGUUCGAAAUGGGCAAGGCCGGGCUCUCAGUCGCCGGGCGUACUGUGGGAGCCCUGAUGCGAAGACCCUUUCCUGAAGAAGCCUGAGAGCCUUUGUAGAAUAUGGUAUCAAGUUUUCGGGUGUCUGAACUGCAAGUGUUGCUGGGUUUUGCUGGACGUAAUAAAAGUGGGCGCAAACAUGACCUCCUGAUGAGGGCAUUGCACUUGCUGAAGAGUGGCUGUAGCCCAGCAGUUCAGAUCAAGAUCCGGGAACUCUACAGGCGCCGGUAUCCCAGGACAAUAGAAGGCCUUUCUGACUUAUCUGCUAUAAAAUCUUCAGUUUUCAACUUGGACAGUGGGUCUUCUCCGGUAGAACCUGAUUUAGCUGUGCCCGGACUGCAUCCAGUACCUUCAACUUCGGUCACUCCUCAGUCACCUUCUUCUCCUCUUGGUUCAGUGCUUCUUCAGGACACAAAGCCUCACUUUGAGAUGCAGCAGCCAUCACCUUCAGUUCCUCCAGUGCAUCCUGAUGUUCAAUUGAAGAAUCUCCCAUUUUAUGAUGUGCUUGAUGUUCUCAUCAAACCUACCAGCUUAGUACAGAGCAGUAUUCAGAGAUUCCAGGAGAAGUUCUUUAUUUUUGCUUUAACACCUCAACAAGUCAGAGAAAUCUGCAUUUCCAGGGACUUUUUGCCUGGAGGCAGAAGAGAUUACACUGUGCAGGUUCAAUUGAGGCUAUGCCUAGCAGAAACAAGCUGCCCUCAAGAGGAUAACUACCCCAGUAGUUUAUGCAUAAAAGUAAACGGGAAACUCUUUCCAUUGCCGGGAUAUGCUCCUCCACCUAAAAAUGGAAUUGAACAAAAGAGGCCUGGGCGUCCGUUGAAUAUUACAUCUUUAGUUAGACUGUCCUCUGCAGUGCCAAACCAGAUUUCCAUAUCCUGGGCAUCUGAAAUUGGAAAGAAUUACUCCAUGUCUGUGUAUCUUGUGCGCCAGCUCACUUCAGCAAUGUUGCUACAGAGACUAAAAAUGAAAGGCAUUAGAAAUCCUGAUCAUUCCCGGGCACUAAUUAAAGAAAAACUCACCGCUGACCCAGAUAGCGAAAUUGCUACAACCAGCCUGCGGGUAUCACUGAUGUGUCCACUGGGGAAAAUGAGGCUGACAAUUCCCUGCCGUGCUGGUACUUGUACUCACCUGCAAUGCUUUGAUGCUGCUCUCUAUCUUCAAAUGAAUGAAAAGAAGCCCACGUGGAUUUGUCCUGUGUGUGAUAAGAAAGCGACAUACGAGAAUCUCAUCCUAGAUGGGCUCUUUAUGGAAAUUUUGAAUGAAUGUUCAGAUGUUGAUGAGAUCAAGUUCCAGGAGGAUGGUUCCUGGUGCCCUAUGAGGCCAAAGAAGGAGGCUUUGAAAGUUGUUGGCCCACAGUGCCCCAAAAUAGAAAUUUUGCAUGCUCCAGGUUCUGUCAUGAUCAACAAGCAGGGCUCUACCCCCAUUGGAGAAGUCAGCAAGAAAAAGGUGGAUGUCAUCGAUCUCACUGUUGAAAGCUCAUCUGACGAAGAGGAAGAUGCACCGCCUAAACGGAAAUGCAUAUAUAUGUCGGACACACAAGCAAGUCCCACUAAAGGGGUACUCAUGUAUCAGCCAGCAGCUGUACGAGUCCCAGGAGUCAGCACGGUGGAUUCUACUGCUAUUGCACCAUCAUUGACAGACUAUUCUGUGCCAUUCCAUCAUCCAUCAAUAUCAAGUAUUUCAUCUGACUUGCCUGGUUUGGAUUUCCUUUCUUUAAUCCCAGUUGAUCCACAGCAGUACUGUGCUCCUAUGUUUUUGGAUAGUCUCACCUCAACCUUGCCAGCAAGUACCACCUCUGGCAACAGCGUCACCUCGGCCAGCCCCCUCGACAGCAGCACUCGCGCUCGCUCUUCGGGCCGGAGCGAGACGGCGGCUCUCACCAGCAGCGGCGGGAGCAGCGUUCCCGAUAUCAUCUCCCUGGACUAAAAGCUGGUGAAAUCUGCCAGUCUGGACUGCAUUUGCAGCUUGAGCUUUUAUUUUAAAUAUUUAUUGGGAAGGAGAAGAAAAAAAAAGCUUUGGAUUCAAUGAUCGUUUACAGGCAGAUGGACAGUGGAAGAAAACUGACUGGAACGACUUUUUCUUCUCAUCCUGGAUUUUUUUUCUCUCGGUUUGGGAGAAAUAUUGUCCAUUUGGAACAAGCCAGCCUUUCAACUUUAUGAUGAUGAAACUGACACAGUUUUGCUAUGUGGAUUCUAGGAUGAAUUCCAUAUGCUAAUUAUAACUUUUGGUUAGAUCUAGCAAUAAUGUAAAAAACAAGAGCAGUGUUUAAAAAUGCACUUAAUUACUCAAAUGACAGGAACCUGCCUUAUCCCAGAUGUAAGGACAAGAGGAAGGAGUUAAAUUUUUGGGAAUUCUUGACCUUUUGCUGGGACCUGGAAUAAAUCCUUAACGGAGAGGAUGAAUCUUUGUAAACUAACAAUUGCAUAAAUUGUUUGCCUCUUCCCUUCCUCUUCAGUGACAUCAUAAACCCUCUCAUAAAUCUGAA